AUGAGUUCACUGUAUGUGCAGAGAAAGGUUCCUGCUUCUAUCAACUGUCGGCUUCUUGAGCAUCAACGAGAGCGAGAGAGGUUCUUGUAUGGUUUGUACGAGAACAAUCAUGGAGCUGGUUCUCUAGAGAAGCUUGUGUACACUCGUCAGAUAUAUAAACAGCAACUUUUCAGUAUUUCUGUUUCGGGAAACAUGGAAAAACGAUAUUUCGAAGGCGUUCAGUUUGAUUACUUUGAAUUCAAUAAUGUUGUUACUAAUGAUUUCUUGAAUGGAAAGUAUAUGAUACAUAUAAGGUGUAUGGACUGCAAAAAUUUCAGAGGCAAGCUGUUUGGAAUAUGUAAUCUAUUCCAUGACUUGUCAGAUAAACGUUUCACAAGUGAGAUCAUUGAACAACAAGGCAGACAAACACAAGACAAAACAGGAAGUGAAACUGAUUAUGUAACCGAAAGCUUGCAUAACAGUUCACAAGUGAAUAAAGCAUUGCUGUCAAAUGGUGAAGCUGCUGUGCAAAGCAAAAGGGAAAGAGAGCCAAUGGUAGCAGAUCUGCUGGAUGAAUUGGGUAGCAUGUAUGCACAUAGAACCGAAGAUGUUGUCAACUUUGGAUCUAACCCCCAAGGGAGAGUAGCAGGUAUAUGCAAGAGUGUUUCCAUGGAUUUAUCUGAAAAAAACACUACGAACCCAAAGAAGAGGAAGCUUAGUGCCCCUGAUUUGUUCAAUAAUACCACUGAAUGUAGUAGCAAGUUAGAGAAGCUGAAAGUAAAGGGCCUUGAAGUAGCCGGGCAGAAAGCAAGAGGGACUGUUGGGUGUGAAAUAGAGAAGAAUGAGGAGAAGCAGAGUCAAUAUGGCCUCCUAGCCCAGUGCAAGGGCAUGGAAAAACUUGGAUUUCGCAAAUGAUUAAUCUCUGCUUCGCCUUCUGAA